CGCCCUGUGCUAUUGUGUUUUUUCUUGCCGAUAAUGUCUGCGCCUCGUAAGCUUUCGGGGCUACAAAAGGACGUGCUGCGGCUGUACCGGGACUGCCUACGCGCGGUGCGGACCAAACCUGAGGAGGCACAGCCGCGGUUCUAUGCAUUCACCCGGCGCGAGUUUGAGAAAAACAUCGGAUCAAUGAAGCGCACAGACGUCAAGGCUAUCGAGUAUCUCAUGCGGAUCGGACGCAGACGGCUGGAGCAGUACCGAAACCCAAACGUCCGCGACAUCGGCCAGGGAUAGACUUUUUGUAAGCAUCGAGACCCCCCAGCUUAACGAGUCCAUGUAGAAUUUUCAAUUUUAUCUGGCCGCUUACCCGGAGAAGCCGCAUGCAGGCGUGACGUGUAGAUUGAUGAUGUGCCUAUGCAGCGCUCGCACGUCAAUUCCAACCGCAAGCAUGCUUGGGACAGGAUCUGCUAGAGCUGAACGGAAAGGCCGCGCUGCCCAGAUACGCCUGAUGUUACACUGAGUAAGCAGCGGAUACACUUGCUGACAAACUGUUGCCGCCGCUGGCCGUCUUUGGGAAUCCAUGAGACAGUGAGGAGCGAUUGCCAUUCCACUGCGCCCAGGCUGAAGUCCUUGUCAGUCGGUUUCAGGCAUCGUUUAAAUACGGCCCAGGGACGCUGCCAACCGCCCUGGCGGCUCACCGAAACACAUCUACC